UCCUUGAACUCUAAGUUCCACAUCUCCACUGGGACCAGUGAGCAGUGGCAAGGCCUGGGCUGAGCUUAUCAGCCUCCCAGCCCAGCCCCUGCUGGAGACAUAAAUAGGCCCAGGGAAAGCUGCUGCUCAGAGACUGCUGAAGUGCUCGCUCCAGGUCACCCAGGAUGAAAGUGGUGGUGUUGACCUUGGCCGUGUUCUUCCUCACGGGGAGCCAGGCUCAGCAUGUGUGGCAGCAAGAUGACCCCCAGUCACAAUGGGAUCGCGUGAAGGAUUUAGCCUCCGUGUACGUGGACUCAGUCAAAGACAGUAGCAGAGACUAUGUGGCCCAGUUUGAAGCCUCCGCCUUGGGAAAACACUUAAACCUGAAACUCCUGGAGAAUUGGGACAGUUUGGGCUCCACAGCCACCAAGCUGCGUGAAAAGCUCAGCCCGGUUACCCUGGAGAUCUGGGGUGACCUGGAAAAGAUGACAACAGCGCUGGCACAGGAGAUGAACAAGGAUCUGGAGGAUGUGAAGCAGAUGGUGAAGCCCCACCUGGAGGACUUCGAGAAGAAGUGGCAGCAGGAGGUGGACAUUUACUACGAAAAGGUGACACCACUGGCCCAGGAGUUCCGCGAGGCCACGCGCCAGAAGCUGCAGGAGCUGCAAGUGAAGCUGACCGAGCUCAGCCAGGACCUACGCAAGAAGCUGGAGCCCUUCCAUGACCAGCUGCGCCAGCGCUUCAGCGCCAGGCUGGAGGCACUCAAGGAGAGCAGCGCCAGCCUGUCCGAGCUCCAAAGCAAGGCCAGCAAGCAGCUGCAAGAGCUCCGUGAGAAGGCCACGCCCGUGCUGGAGGAUCUCCAGGAGGCCCUGCUGCCCGUAUGGGAUAACUUGAAGACCAACCUUGCGACCAUCAUGGCUGCCAUUGAUGAUGCCAACAAGAAGCUGACCACCCAGUGAGAUGCCGUUGCUGCUGGGACUCCUCCUGGCCCCUCUUCUCAGGUUUCCCUUUCAGUUGCUUAGUUUCUUAGAAUAAACGUUUACAAAGUGGGACA